AAAUGGUAUGGAAAAAAAAAGAUUAAAUAUUGAUUCCUUGAUCCCAACGCAAUGUAGACGACGAGCCGGUGAAAGAAAUCCCUUCACGAUCGCCUUUCACCUUAACUGAUUCUUACAGGGAAACCUUCGAAUAGCUGUCAAUUCCUUGUUUCGCUUUCUCCAAACCAAUCCAAUCCAAUCCAAUCCAAUCCAAUCCAGUCCAGUCCAAACGCCUUCUGUUAUAAUGGGUAACGCCCGUGGCCACCGCAAGCAUUUCAACCAUGGCGUAAAUAUCUCUCCAACCACUAACGCUCCUUUUCCCUCCAAUAAAUACUCUUCAUCUGAACCCACUUCUCGAAAUUCCUCCUCCUCCACGAAUAUGGAGUCCUUGCCCUACCCCCAUGUUGAUUCCAGCCUUCGAGCCCUUGCCGCUCAGGCUGAGGGCUUUGGUCGCUCUGCCAUUGGUGGUCUCCAUGGUUCUGUUUAUUGUGUUACUAAUUUAUCAGAUGAUGGUCCAGGAUCACUUAGGUUCGGAUGUCGUAUGAAAGAGCCUCUUUGGAUUAUCUUUGAAGUUUCGGGGACAAUUGACCUGUCUUCGUAUGUGAGUGUGUCAUCGUACAAGACUGUAGAUGGUCGUGGUCAAAGGAUAAAACUUACAGGAAAGGGAUUGAGGCUGAAGGAAUGUGAGCAUGUGAUUAUUUGUAAUUUGGAGUUUGAAGGUGGUAGAGGUCAUGAUGUUGAUGGAAUUCAAAUUAAGCCGAACUCAAAGCACAUUUGGAUAGACCGUUGCAGCCUCCGAGACUAUGAUGAUGGGUUGAUUGAUAUCACUCGAGGAAGCACAGAUAUCACUAUUUCUAGGUGUUACUUCUCACAUCAUGACAAGACAAUGCUCAUUGGAGCAGAUCCUUCGCACAUUGGCGACCGAUGUAUCCGUGUCACUAUCCACCAUUGUUUUUUCGAUGGUACACGUCAACGGCAUCCACGUGUUAGAUAUGCUCAAGUGCAUUUAUACAAUAAUUACACCAGAAACUGGGGUAUCUAUGCUGUCUGUGCUAGUGUAGAAUCAAAGAUAUACUCUCAGUGCAACAUAUACGAAGCAGGAGAGAAAAAGGUGGCAUUUAAAUAUCUAACUGAAAAGGCAACGGACAAGGAAGAGCCCUCAAGUGGUACCAUAUGGUCUGAUGGAGACUUAUUUGUAAAGGGCACUCAAAGUGGGCUAUUGGCUCCAACUGCUGAACACAACAUGUUUCAUCCUUCAGAACAUUACACUAAUUGGACAGUGGAACCUGCAACAGAUGCUCUUAAACAUAUUCUCCAACAUUGUACUGGAUGUCAAAACAUCCCAAGACCCACUGAUCAGCCUCUGGUACCUUAGAAGAUAAAUAGAACUUGUUGAAAUUGUAGUUUUGGUCCUUGCUCUUUUAUCCUUUUUUCAUUUUGUUUUUUUGGUCCUUGAACUAUAGUUUUACUUUGGCUCCUUCAAGUUUUAACAUCUCGACUUUGGUCCUUUUUAA